AUGCACACGGACGAGGCCCCCGGCAGAGGUCCUGUCAACCACCAAGACGCCCUUGAGCGACCGAACAAUGGGCCACCUGUCGACAGCCUGGAGCAAGCCGCCCAGGACGCAACCCCAGCGGUGGCCCCGAAGAAAGGUCGGGUGCGGCAGAAGCAGAAGCACAAAUCGCCUGCUGCCAGCACCACGCCCGCCGACCCGUGGCCUCGACCAUACUAUUUCGAAGACGGUCUCCGUCGGGUGAAGCCCUACCACUACACCUACUCCACCUGGUGCAAGGAGCGCUGGCGCCAGCGGGAACUCAUCGAAAUUUUCGAGUCCGAAUUCAGGGACCGCCCGCUCGCAUACUACAGGCGGGCCAUGGAGGGUGGAGAAGUGGCAGUGAACAACAAAGCGGUGGGCCCUCAUUACGUCCUCAAGAAUGGGGACUGCAUCACGCACACUCUUCACCGACACGAACCUCCAGUCACCGCCGACCCCAUCGCAAUCCUACACGAGGACGAUGACAUGAUUGUGCUCAACAAACCUUCUGGUGUUCCUGUCCACCCCUCGGGCCGCUACAACUUCAACUCCAUCACCGAGAUUAUGAAGUCCGAGAGAGGUCCCGGCUGGCUGGCAUACCCGUGCAAUCGCCUCGACAGGCUGACGAGCGGCAUCAUGUUUGUCGCCAAGAACCCUCAGGCUGCCGUCAAGAUGAGCAACCAGAUCGCGGCUCGGACAGUGCGCAAGGAGUACAUAGCUCGUGUGAUUGGCGAAUUCCCAGACGGAGAGGUCGUCUGCAACCAACCCAUUCUCGCAAUCUCGCCUAAGCUGGGCCUGAAUCGUGUCAGGGCGAACGGGAAGCACGCCCGUACUGUUUUCAAACGCUUGGCGUACUACCCGCCCUGUGAGGAGGGCCCCGCCCCCAUCGGGAAGGCUGCCAAGUCUGCUGGAAAUGGGCAACCACCGGCAAGGAAGAAGGGUUAUUCCAUCGUUCGAUGCAUGCCAGUGACGGGCCGCACCCACCAGAUCCGGGUUCACCUGCAAUUCCUGGGCUUCCCCAUCGAGAACGACCCAAUCUACGCGAAUCAGAAGGUCUGGGGGUUCGACCUUGGCUGCAACGACUUCGAUGCCAGCCUCAAUAGCGACGAAGACAUCGUCAGCCGGCUAUCUCGGAUGGGUAAGGAGGAUGUGGCAGAAGCUGUCGCAUACUACGACGAGAUGAUCGACGACUAUGAAAAGCGCAGGGCGGAGAAGAUGUCGGGAGAGAUCUGCGACGUCUGCCAGACACCCCUCUACACGGACCCGGGGCUCCACGAGCUCACCCUGUGGCUGCACAGCCUGCGAUACGAAGAUAAGGACGGCGCAUGGAAGUACGUGAGCCCCCUGCCUUCGUGGGCACUCCCUCCAGAGGGAUACAGUGGGCCAACGGAAGUCGGAGGUAUGGAGGCCCUUGUCAAGGCAGUGAAGGAUAUGAACCCGGAGAUAGUUGGCGAGGCAGACACCGAGACCCCGUGA